AUGGCAGUGGAAUUCGCCAGAGCGAGCCUUCGCGCAAACCAUGACGGCGCUUCAUCACUCGUGCGACUCCAGUUAAACAACCUUGGGGUCAUGCUUGCAAGCAGCCAGCUGCCCGAUGUCUUCCUCUAUGUUAUCGACCUCCUUCCGGCCGUAAGCACGAAGCUCCUCGACCGCAGUGACCAGCAGUUCGUCAUGUCGACCUUUGCUGGCGUCGCUUUUGAUGUUUGCGCCAUCCCCCUUGCGUACAAUGGGCCGGCCGACGCCCUUGAGUACCUCGAGAAAGGCCGUCGUGUCAUCAUUGGCCAGCUUGUAGAUGCCCGGAGCGACAUUUCGUCCUUGGAACAGCAGCACCCCGAUAUCGCCCGCCGAUAUAUGCAACUCCGGGAUGACGUCAAGAGCAAGUUCUGA